AUGGCCUCUGUUCCUGUGUUAGUGUCACUACCCAUCCACAAGCAUUUCAUGGUGCCUUGGAAUGAUAUGCGGAGAGGUGAUUGCUGUGGACGCCUUCAAUCUACCACUGGUGGCUACUAUUGCAAAAUCUGCGAUUUUUUCUUCCACAAGAUAUGUGGCGACGGGGCCUCCAAAUAUAUCCAACACCCAUCACACUCCCUUCACACUCUUCAGCUGCUUGGUCAAUCAUGGCAUUAUUGCGAUUUAUGUGGAAGGAAUAUUAAGGAUCGAUGCUAUUGUUGUGAGAUAUGUGACUUCGACGUGUGUCUAUACUGUGCCAAUUACCCACCACCACCAGAGGUUAUUGACAUUUCCGAGACGCAUCCUCACAAGCUCACACAUGUCAAGGAGCGGACAGAGUUUGUCUGUGAUGCCAAAUGUGGAAAGCGUGGUUAUGGGUUUCCUUACAAAUGUGACGAAUGUGAUUUAGCAUUCCAUGUGGAGUGCGUAUGGUACUCAUACCCAUCGGAUGUGAUACGCCCCAAAGAAGUAAACCACUCUUACCAUUCCUUGCACCCUCUCAAGCUCAUUACAGGCGAUCCACCGGACUAUUCCGAUGGAAAAUGUCGUCUCUGUGGAAGAAAGGUUGAUAAAUGGUUUUAUCAUUGUUCUUUAUGUAACUUCACCUUGGAUUUGCGCUGUGUCUUAAACCCACCACCACAAUCUCUUGUGGAUUUGAAAGUGCAUGAUCACCAACUCACCCUUCUCCCAAGACUCGAUUCUUUUACAUGUAAUGCUUGCGGGCUCAAGGGAGAUCGCAGCCCUUACGCAUGUUUUCAAUGUGGUUUCAUGAUCCAUCGAGAUUGUCUUGGCCUUCCACGCGUCAUAAACAUCAAUCGUCAUGAUCAUCGUGUUUCUCGCACUUCUCUUCUUGGUGUUGUGAAUUCUGUAUGUGGAGUUUGUCGUAAGAAGGUGGAUUGGACUUGUGGGGGUUACUCUUGUAAGAGGUGCACUGGCUAUGUCGUGCAUUCGAAAUGUGCUACAAGAGAAGAUGUCUGGAACGGAAAAGAACUUGAAGGAGUACCUGAAGAAACAGAAGAUAUAGAGCCAUAUGUGGUAAUUGAUGACAACACGAUACAACAUUUUAGCCACAAAGAGCAUUAUCUGAGACUUAAUGAUAAUGGUAUUUUGUAUGAUGAGAACAACCGUUGCAGCGCAUGCAUCCAUCCCGUCGGUCUCCAGUCCUAUUAUGGUUGUCUCAGUUGUGAUUUCUUUCUUCAUCAAAACUGCGCUAAACUUCCUAGGAAGAAAUGGCAUGUGCUUCACAAUGAUCGACUUACUUUAGUUACAGACAAGACUAAUUGGUUCCGGUGUUGUGCUUGUCUUAGAAUGUCCAAUGGUUUCAGAUACAAUGAUGACUAUGAUAACUGGAAGGAGUUAGAUGUCCGAUGCAGUUCGAUUUCUGAGCCAUUUGUCCAUCCAAGUCAUCCCAAUCAUCCUUUAUUUGACAUUCCAAAUAAUCUUUCUACAAAGUGCAAUGGUUGCAAAACUUAUAGGGGAUAUGCUGAGCUCAGUUGCAUUGAAGAUGGUUGUGGAUUUGCCUUAUGCUACGGUUGCGCCACUUUACCACAAGUUGUAAAGCACAGAGUUCACGAUCAUCCUCUCACACUAUGCUAUGGAGAAGAUGCAAGUGGUAAAUACUGGUGUGACAUUUGUGAGAGAGUAUGUGAUCCAAGGAAGUGGUUCUACACGUGUAAAGAUCACCAUGCUAGUUUGCAUACAAAAUGUGUGCUCGGACCUUAUGUAGGGUUCAUGCCAAGAAGCAUACUAGAGGAUUUGGACUCAUAUGAGGUGGUGCUCAAUGGUAGUGUGUCUCGCCCAUUUUGCACCAAGUAAGGCGAUCGAGCCUACGAGCAAGAGAUCUUCUUCGCGACGAGAUUGCUUAACAUGUCUGAUUUCAGAGACGCGAAUCGUUCUGAUUCAUGGGAUUACUCUGCUUUUGUUCGGACUUAUGCUCUGUAUUUGGACGAACGGCUUGAUAUCCGAAUGCAAGGAAAGAGAGGGAAACACGGUGAUGCUGGUGCUGAUUCCGGUAAUGAGGAAGAUGAUCAUCGAGAGACCAAUGCCAACAUUCGGUCGAGAGCUCUUGUGGUUAAGUCUUGUCAAAUUGAUGAGAGUAAAGAACACAAGAAUUAUAAUAGACUCUCAUGA